CUAACAUCUCCCCAGAGCUGAAAAGUAUAAUUGAACGACUAAAACAGAUGAAGAAGUGUCAAAAUCAUAUCCACUAAGUUUUCAUCAGAAAAGAUUUGACAGGGUGAAUGUCAUUUAAAAGUUAUUUAUUUUACUCUGUUUGUGAGGAAAAAUCAUUGUUGCAUAUAGACUAAACAUUUUGUCAAUUUAAAUGAUCAAAUUCAAAAUGAUUUAUUAAUUUAAAUGCUAUACUCACAUUACAAGCAACAAACAUGACUAGUCAUUUCCAACAUAUAAAAAUGUAAACAAUACAUUAUAUAUAUUGCUGCCUUAAAAUUUUAAAACAAUCAACUUGGAUGUUUAUGUCAUUUCAAUAUUGUAUAACUUAUAAAAUAAGUGGAACUUAUUUUGAUGCAUCAAAGCAAUGCACAAACCUUUGUCAUAACUUAUUUGUUUUUACUGUGUAGAUAUAGAAAAGGAGAAUACAGUCUAAUAUAUAAAAUAAUAGGCUACUUUACAAGUAAAGGAAAUUAAUAAAAAAAUAAAUAAAAAUAAAACAGAAAAGGUACGGGUAUGAAUUCAUACAAAUUGCGUAAAAGCUUCACAUAUAGACCUAGUGCGUUUUGCUUUUACUAUUUUUCAACCCAAUUAGUAACUCAAUAGAAUUUGUAUUCAAAAUGAAUUCUACUCCGUUGUCUAAACUCUUUGAAACGUCAUUGUUGUCCAGCCCCUCUUCACAUGCAUUUUGUCUUCCUCUAGCGGCAGAAAGCAAACCAACUCUUUCUUUGUACAAGGUUAAUUAUUUAACUUGUUGCUCUUGGUCGGUUGUAAGCGUUUCUCCCCGAAGGCAAGCGUGUGUCCAGGGUCGUGGUUAAGGUAUGCCCAGCCGCUCUCUUCUGUCAUGGGGGAUAUUAGACAGCGCAAUGGCUCUAUAGGUAAUAAUGACACAGAUUUAUCUGUUGUCCCUUGUAGAGUUGACAACAGAGUGUUUUAUCAGAAAGUUGACGAUGGGGUCGAUGGGGAGGAAAUCGAGAUGCAAAUUCGAGCCGAAGUGCGGGAUACGGAUGCUGACGCUGAGGACUGCCGACGGGGAAACGGACGGACUUUUUACCGGGUUUGUGUGCCGGUUUGCUGUAAGAGAAGCGACACAGACCGCGACGAGGAUAAGGAUAAGGAUAAUGAGGAUGAUUGUGAGGAGGAGGAGGACACGGGGGCAAAAACUGUUGAGAAAGAAAAGAAACCAGCUUGUCCAGGGCUGGGCCUCCUGUAUAGCUUGUUAGCAUCCGUCUUCUUUUCCACUGCUGCUCUUCUUGUGAAGAAAAUCGAAGGGAUGCACGCCAUCCAAAUCAGUGCGGUUCGGUGCUUCUUCCAGAUGCUGUUUGUCUUACCAGCCAUGAUAUAUUUCAAAACUGGCUUUUUGGGACCGAGGGGUAUGCGAAUCUACCUGUUCCUCAGAGGGUUCCUGGGGUCCAACGCCAUGAUCUUGUUGUAUUAUGCAGUUCUGCAGAUGCCCCUGGCUGAUGCCACGGUUAUAAUGUUCAGUAAUCCAGUCUUCACGUCCUUGCUGGCUUGGAUUUUCCUCAAAGAGAGGUGCACAAUAUUGGACGUCGUUUUUACUGUUUUUACGCUGACCGGCGUCAUACUGAUAGCCAGACCGCCGUUCCUCUUUGGUGGUGAGCUGUCUGGGAUCGAAGGAGACUACACCAAUCACAUCAAAGGCACGUCGGCCGCAUUCGCCGGGGCGAUCGGAGCAGCUUGCACUAUGGUCAUCCUGAGAAAAAUAGGUAAAAGUGUUCAUUACUACCUCUCCGUCUGGUACUAUGCAGUCUUGGGACUCUUCGAGUGUAUCAUUGUUUUGUUCAUCUUGGACGAAUGGACCAUUCCGUCCUGCGGCUGGGACAGGUGGACGCUCAUGGCCAUCGGGCUGCUCGGGAUAGCCGGACAGACGUUCCUCACCAAAGCCUUGCAGAUUGAGAAAGCAGGACCUGUUGCACUGAUGAGGACGAUGGAUGUGGUCCUGGCAUUCAUCCUGCAGUUCCUGUUCCUCAACCGCAAACCCACAUGGUGGAGUCUGGGAGGAGCGCUGUGUGUCAUCAGCAGCACUAGUGGGGUGGCCAUGAGGAAGUGGUAUAACAGCACGAGGAAUAAGAGCUGAUCUCACAUUAUAGUGAGAUUGAUGACAAGAGAUUUUGAUGUUUCCUACAAAUAAUGGCUGCAUUAGAAACCAAAGAAGCUGAUUUGCUGUAAUCAGAGAUCAGAUUUUAUCCAUUAGGACCUUAUUUGUAUGCAGUAUGUACAGUUUAUUAUAGUAUUUUCAGUAGUUUCGUAGAUAUUCUUACCCCAGCAGAGGUUCGAUAUUUUUUAAUCAAGAUAAUAUUGUUAAGACAAUACUGCUUUAUCAUAUAUAGAUUAUUAUAAAUUAUAUAAUAAUAGACUGCUGGUCAGAACCUGAGAUUGGUGAGUGUAAAAAUCACCAAACAUGUCAAUUUUGUCAUUCUUUACUAACCCUCAUGCCAUUGCAGACCUGUAUGAUUUUUCUCUUUCAUGAACUGUAAACGAGACGUUUUGACAGUUGAAAGUCAAAAUUGAUCUAUUCUGUACAAGUUAUGUGUUAUUUCAUUUGGACUCAGUAUGUUAGGAACACAGAGUUUAUACUGCAAGAAUAAUGAUUUAUUUCGUUUUUGAAUACUAAAUGCAGAUUGUGGACAUGAUCCAUUUAAUCAUUCUUAAAGGGAUAGUUCACUUUGAAAUGAAUUUUGAUAUGUUUUAGCUUACCUCAAGG